AUUUUCCUACUGGGCUGUGGCUUCUGGCGUCAUCUUUCUCCUCCCAUCCCUUACGACACUACUUGUGGGGCUUGCCCGAACAUUAAUGUUCCAACGAUCCGCAAAAAUAUAAACCCCCAAAAUGCAUCACGCCCGCCUGGGACGGCGGGGCGGAGCUCGAGGUCACGUGACUGUCUAGGCCCGCCCCUCUCUGCAGCUGAAGAUUUCCCCUCCCGCAGUGACAGAGCCUCUGCUUCGUGAUCGGUACUGCUUCUGCACCUCGCGCCCGGGCAGGUAAAUUAACAUGAUGGAUUUCUCCAAGCUACCCAAAAUACUUGACGAAGAUAAAGAAAGCACAUUUGGUUAUGUGCAUGGGGUCUCAGGACCUGUGGUUACAGCCUGUGACAUGGCAGGUGCAGCCAUGUAUGAGCUGGUGAGAGUGGGCCACAGUGAGUUGGUUGGAGAGAUUAUCCGACUGGAGGGUGACAUGGCUACUAUCCAGGUGUAUGAAGAAACCUCGGGUGUGUCUGUUGGAGAUCCUGUACUCCGCACUGGUAAACCCCUCUCAGUAGAGCUUGGGCCUGGCAUCAUGGGAGCUAUUUUUGAUGGUAUUCAGAGACCUUUGUCAGAUAUCAGCAGUCAGACCCAAAGUAUCUACAUUCCCCGAGGAGUAAAUGUGUCUGCUCUUAGCAGAGAUGUCAAAUGGGAUUUUACACCUUGCAAAAACCUGCGGGUUGGUAGUCACAUCACUGGUGGAGAUAUUUAUGGAAUUGUCAACGAGAACUCACUCAUCAAACACAAAAUCAUGUUACCCCCGCGAAACAGAGGAACUGUAACUUACAUUGCUCCACCUGGAAAUUAUGAUACCUCAGAUGUUGUCUUGGAACUUGAAUUUGAAGGUAUAAAGGAAAAGUUUAGCAUGGUCCAAGUGUGGCCUGUACGUCAAGUCCGGCCUGUCACUGAGAAGCUGCCAGCUAAUCAUCCCUUGUUGACUGGCCAGAGGGUCCUUGAUGCCCUUUUUCCAUGUGUACAGGGAGGAACUACUGCAAUCCCAGGGGCUUUCGGCUGUGGAAAGACAGUGAUAUCGCAGUCUCUAUCCAAAUAUUCCAAUAGUGAUGUGAUCAUCUAUGUAGGAUGUGGUGAACGAGGAAAUGAGAUGUCUGAAGUCCUCCGGGACUUCCCAGAGCUCACGAUGGAAGUCGAUGGUAAGGUGGAAUCAAUUAUGAAGAGGACAGCUUUGGUAGCCAAUACCUCCAACAUGCCUGUUGCUGCUAGAGAAGCUUCUAUUUAUACUGGAAUUACGCUGUCAGAAUAUUUCCGUGACAUGGGUUAUCACGUCAGUAUGAUGGCUGACUCUACCUCUAGAUGGGCGGAGGCCCUUAGAGAAAUCUCUGGUCGCUUAGCUGAAAUGCCUGCAGAUAGUGGAUAUCCUGCGUACCUUGGUGCCCGUCUGGCCUCUUUCUAUGAGCGAGCAGGCAGGGUGAAAUGUCUUGGAAAUCCUGAAAGAGAAGGAAGUGUCAGCAUUGUAGGAGCGGUUUCUCCACCUGGUGGUGAUUUUUCUGAUCCAGUUACAUCCGCUACUCUUGGUAUUGUUCAGGUGUUUUGGGGCUUAGAUAAGAAACUAGCUCAACGUAAGCAUUUCCCCUCUGUCAACUGGUUAAUCAGCUAUAGCAAGUACAUGCGUGCGUUGGACGAGUACUAUGACAAACACUUCACAGAAUUUGUUCCUCUGAGGACCAAAGCUAAGGAGAUUCUGCAGGAAGAAGAAGACCUGGCAGAAAUUGUACAACUUGUCGGAAAGGCUUCUCUAGCAGAAACAGAUAAAAUCACUCUGGAAGUAGCAAAACUUAUCAAAGAUGAUUUCUUACAACAAAAUGGGUAUACUCCUUAUGACAGGUUCUGCCCAUUCUACAAGACAGUAGGGAUGCUGUCCAACAUGAUUGCGUUUUAUGAUAUGGCCCGUAGAGCUGUUGAAACCACUGCACAGAGUGACAAUAAAAUCACAUGGUCCAUUAUCCGUGAGCACAUGGGGGAGAUCCUCUAUAAACUUUCCUCCAUGAAAUUCAAGGAUCCGGUAAAAGACGGUGAAGCAAAGAUCAAGGCUGACUACGCACAACUUCUUGAAGACAUGCAGAACGCAUUCCGUAGCCUCGAAGAUUAGAACUGUGAUUUCUUUCCUUCUUUUCCUCAGCAGUCUCUCCUCUGUGUAUAGUUUCCUAAAUUUCUCAUCUCCAAACCCUUUGCUUCUUUGUUGUGCAGCUUUGAGACUAGUGCCUAUGUGUGUUAUUGCUUGUUCCCCUGUUUAUCUGGUGGGUCUUCUAUGAAACAAACAUUCCUUUGUUCCAGUGUUUGAAGGGCCUCCCUGAUCCUUUCUCCGAAUGGUGAAUGUAGUAAAUAUGAUAUAUAAUGGCUACACUACUGUAAACUCAUAUGUAGGGUGACAUGCCUCCUUGUCCUAGGUUUGCCCUUGCCUCAUCACCAUUAAAUUGUAAAUGGGACUAUUGCAUGUACUCUCUUUGCAAUAGAUCUGGAGCGGAAGGCCAGAUUUCUACACGUUUUGACAGGUACUUUGUGAAAUGACUCAAUAUCUAUGUGGUAAGGUUAUUUGCAGCUUAGCAUUUUGCUAAGUAGCUGCUUUGCAGGAUAUAAUUACUUUUUUAAAACCAUGAAUGAUUAAUGUUCCAAUUAUGCAUUGCCUCCCCCAGUAUAAAUCAGGAAUGUUUAUAGGAAACUGUUGGGAACUCUACUGUUUUUAAAACAGGCAUUUGUGGGACUCAGCACAGUAUAUGAAUCAGUACCCUCUAAAAAAGUGGAAAAGGAGCCAGGUGGUCAAACUUAAACAUCAUCUUGUUAAAGCAUAUUUUAUUUCAGUAUGAAAAAUGUAGUAUCAAGGACUACCCUACUACAUUACUAGGAAAGUCUUUUUAAAAUCACAUUUAAAACAAUCACGGGGAACUUGAUCCACUUCGUGCCCUUUUUCUUUUCCUCAAACAUCUUAGAAGCCGAAGCUUCUAAGAAUCAUGUGGCAGUGUGAUGGGCAGUAAAAUGCCACAGAGAAGAUAUUCAGUAGUGGUUAAGGCUGUUUGCACCAUUAAGGACCAGCUGGACUGUAGUGAUUCUUGGGGCCAGAGCGGCAUUACAUUUUUACAUGUAAUGUGUGUCAUGUGUUUGCAUGUUUGUUUGCUCAGUGAACUUUUGAACAACCAGUUUGCCAGCUUACUGGCUCAAAAGACUUUUCAGAAUAUCUGUAACAAUAGCAUAGCAGUUUUCAUCCUGUUUAAUAAGGAUGAAAUUAAUUCUUUUAUCUGCUAAUAACAGAAUCUGGGUCAUGUGAAAAAAAGAUAAUUUCAUCCUGUCUUUUAAGUAUAUGUUUUAAAGUAAUAAUUUCUGUCUUUGUGUAAGGCACACUUCAGAACAGCUCUGAGAGCAACAGUUUCUCAUUAAUUCUUUCUGACCAAUAGUGCUGGCACCAUUGCUUCCUCUUUAGGAAGAGGAAAGGGCAUGUGAACAUGCCUAACAACCUCAAAUACCCAAAUGUAAUAGCAUAAAUAAAGUAUUUAUUUUAUGCCUCAGUAUAUUAUUAUUUAAAUUUUUAGGUCAUGUAUUUCUUUUGGUCCGUCAAGGAAAGUAGAGAAUUCAGCAGUGGUUUGUUUCAGUCUUGCAGACUGCAUGUUUUUACAGUGGCUUGCUGUUCAGGAUAGAUAUUCUUCCAUAUGUAGCUUUUUUUUUUUUAACUUUUCCAAAUAUUGGAAAAUAUAAAAAUUAUGCAAUGAUUCGUUGAGAUGUGGACUUAAUGGUGCUGCUUAAUCAGUUUGCUUCCAAUGUGGCCUCCCACCUAGAGGCCCGAAGACCAGUGGAAUUGAAAAGGAUUUCAAAAAUGUUCUAUUCCUACCUUAAAUCUACCAGCAAACCAGGAUUAUGAUGGUAAUGAGUGAUAUGAUGAAGAAAGUUUGACCAAGUUUGUUUUUUUUGUCAUUCUGAGUUUGCAAUGUAAUUCUUACUCCCUUUGAAGAAUGCUGAUGUAUGGGUGUGAAGAUGCUAGAGACAGAAGAUGCUCUGAUACUCAUUGUAAGUGUCCCUUCAUCUGUAUGUUGUAGAACUUCAAAUUGGUCACUGAUCGUAUUUCUUUAGUAAGAACGUGUUAAAAUUACAACAAUCUUUUAAAAAGAUGAUGCAGUUCUAUAUUUAUUGUGCUAUGCCUGGUCCUAAGUGGAGCCAGUUAAACAAGUUUCAUAUGUAUUUUUCCAGUGUUAAAUCUCACACAUUGUACCCUUUGGAAAUUUCCUUCCAUCCUGAAGAACGAAUAGAAGAGGCCAUAUAUAUUGCCUCCUUAUCCUUGAGAUUUCACUAUCUUUAUGUUAAAAGUUGUGUAUAAUUGUUAAAAUCUAUGAAAGAAUAAAAAGUGGAUUUAAAUUAA